AUGCCCUGGGGGCCUCAAUCUUUGCCUACACCCCGAAGCUGCUACAGAGGAUGUAUCGCCAGAGGAUUAGGUAUUAACAAAGUUGAAGACAACUUUUUGAACUUCACUCAGCAACAAAAGCUUCUUAAUGCAGAUUUGAUAGCAGCAACCAGGAAGGGAUAAUGUUUUACUUUUUUUCGAGUAUAAUGUCUGUUUUUCGAUCGAGUUGCUCACUUUUUUAUAAAAAUAAAGAUCUUUGAAAAAUUUUGUGGAAAAAAAUGAUUGCGAAAUUCUCAGCAGCAACUAGGAAUUCUUUAAGAUAAUUUUUCCGAAAUGACACAUUCAGGGACCCCUAGGAAAAAAAAAUAGACAUGUGUUUCCUGAAAUUUUUGGCGUAAGCAUUGAAGCGGAUAGACGCUAUUGAAAACCUGCCAUUGAAUUGGAAAAUGCAGAAAGAGUUUCAGUUCGAAGUAAUACAGGAGUUUCCGAGACUCCAGUCGACGACAUCAGUGUAUUUAAUUGUUUGAUGGGACGUGUUUGUUCGGCGCCUCUAACCGAAUUCUCGAGCCCAAUUCUUCACGCCUUUUUUCCAAGAAGUCAUACAUCAGUCAUCGUGUUUUUUCCGCCUCUGGAAGCUGUAUUUGGGCGGUCAGUUUGCGAAAAAAAAGAUUUCUUGACUUUCUCAAGUUCUUUCAAGUUGAAAUAUUUUAUUAUUUAGACGCUAGGCUUUUGAAUGGAAAAAAGAGCCUUCAACCUUCUGUUUCAUGAUUUAUUUUUUUCAUGAAAAACAAAAAAUGAGGUCGAAUGCAGCAAAGUGAGGAAAUUUUUUUUCCUGUUUUGUUCAGUAAAGCUUUUUAAUUUACAUCCUUAGACCGAAAUGAAAUCUCAAAAUAUCUAUAUUAAAAUAUUGGCUCUUGGGCUGAAAGUUUUCAAUUAAGUUUUCAUUUUUACUCGCACUCCGUUAUUUUUUCUUUUGCAAGGCCAUAAGCGGAAGAGCGUGGACUCUAAAAGUGGAAUGAGCUUGAUUCUCUUUUUGCCGCCUCAGGCGCUGUGGCGUCAAAAAUGAAGAAGCUUCGAGGAUGGCGCGAUUAAGAAAGCCUUUUGAGCGCCGUUUUUGAACAGUCGUGAUAAUUUUUGUUCAGUAUUCCAAACCUCAUUGUAUUUCAGGGUAGGUUGAUGAAAAGUAUUGUGGAGAAGAGGAAAAAUCAAUAAUAGACUCGGAUAUUGUAUUCGACGGUUUCGAAAAAAUUAAGAUUUUCCCGAAAAAAACAAAGUGAUAUAUGGGACGUUCAGAAAAAACGAAUAGUUAAACUAGUUUUGAAAAUAAUUUUAUACUAAUGCUUAUCAUAUGGAACUUAAUUUAUGUUUUUUUUUUCUACUCAUUCCUAAUUUUUAAAAUCGUAAAUAGAAAAAAAAAACUUGAAUUGGAAAGCAAUCUGACCGAAAGUUCGAAGCGUUUUGAUAGAAAAUGUUGAGAUACCACUACUGCAUAAUAUUCAGCCAAAAAAUUAACAUUCAUUUCAAAAACAUAAUAAGAGUGUCUCGAGCUCAUCGUUUUGAGCUGAAUUCAUCAGAAAGUUGGGGCGAAGAUUUUCUCUGAAAAGUGCUUGACGUGACCAGUUUGAUUAUAGACUCGCUUAGGUAUAAUCAGGGUUGGAAACUACCGUAGCGUUGCUAAUUCUGACAGCUCAGUCGGCAAUUAGCGAUGACUGCCGGGAAAGAUCCUCGGCCCAAAAAGCUAGAUUUUCUAUCCACUCAUAUUUUCACGUACUCUGCAAUGCUAUCAUUAGAAGCAUCAGUUUUUUUUUGAGAAAGGGAUAAGUAAACUCUUUAAAAUUCUUGUAGUGACUUGUGAUCUUUAUUUGGCGAGGCUCAGUGGCCGUUUUGUAAAAGUGAAAAAUAGAAUUAACGAAGCGAGUGUUAGAUAUUAUUCAGCUUCUCGCUUGACUUGCGAUGGGAGUACUUGACGCCAGCGCUUUGCGGAAAUAAAAACUGGCCUUUCAUUUUCCGGGUGAAAAAAAAUAAUGGGUGAAACUAGUUGAGCUUAAGUUUUGAAAAUUCUUGUUUUGUGGAUUUUUGAGGAGUUAGUCGGUUCGUUGAUAAGUAGAAAAACAGUCGGUUUGGUACAGAUCCUACACAUAUUCCCUUUUAAUUGACACAAAUCCGCUGGCGUGGCCGCCGCUGUUUGAUCGCCUCUUCUAUUUCCAAUUUUUUUUUUCGUUCAAUUUCGUUAUAUACGACGUUAAUAGAUGAGCUUCUCUCAAGAAAAAAUGACGAUAAUCCUGAAAUUUUUUUUCUUUCGUUUUUAUUUCUCUUACGUUUUAUUUUUCUCGAAAUUUUUCUUAAACCCUGUUCGCUGUAAAUCGUGAAUAUUUUAUUGGCAUUUUAAUUAAACUUCAAAAGAAAAAAGACUAUGACAGGUAGAUCAUCAAACAAUUAUUAGAAACAAUAAACCUAGUGUUACGAGUUAACUCACUUUUUGAUGAUUUUUUUGAAUCCGAGUCCUUUUUUUCUCGACACCAUAAUAUUUUUAAGGGUGAAAUUUAAAGGAUCUUUUAUGAAAAAUCAGAAAAAGACUCAGAAUGUCUAUAUUACUCCUAAACAGAAAGAAAGUUAAAAACCUUUCAAGUUAUACUUCCUCCGUCUGACCUCAUGAAAAGGUGAUAAAAUUACCAAGUUUUCGUUUUUCUUAAAUUUUCCUUACAAUCAAAAAAAGUUUUUAGAUGCACAUCACAAUUCUAUAAUAAUUUCGUAAAAGGGACUUCUUACUACUUGGAAAAAAAAUGUUUUAAAAUCAAGUUUACAAAAACCGAUCUAGAGUAGCUGUAAUUUUCAUUUUUAGUUCAUGUGAAGGACAACGGUGGGCACCGCUGAGUGCAUAACACAGGCAAAACAAGUAAAAAUAAGUGGUCUUUCGAAAUAAUCAUCUUUUUUUCCGGUGAUGGUGCGUUCCGAAACCGGACAUCCGGAAACUGCUUUUCUUGUUACUGAAAAAUAGAAAUCGUUCUAAUUUCGCUCUAAAAAUGGUAGCUUUCUAGCGACGCAAUAAAUUUUUUUCCGAACGAAAUUUUCCAUGAAACCUUAAUAAGUUACUAUGAAAGAUGUUUUACGCUUUUUGCUGGUAUUUUUUUUUCAGAGUUUUCAAAACAGGUGAAAAUCUGAUGGUGUCAUGCGUACUCCACCGAGUCAAUCCCGCAAUUAAAAUUGGGGAAAAUAUGCAACCAGAGAACAAGACUGAAAAAUAAACAAUAAUUGGGUGUGAAAUUCAAUUUUCGAGACAUACAAACAUGAUGUUCCACGGAGCCCAAAGAAAUUUCGCUUCGGCAACAACAAACGACCACCUCAAUUUAUCAUUGAAGCUUGCGCCUCUCUUGUGCUUUCAGGAUUUAUUUUCACUCAGGAUCUCAUAAUCUCUUUAUUUUCAAUUGAGCUUUUUAAAUAUUGAGGUCAUUUUGGAGGCUAAAAAAGGUUGUUCAACUAAAAUUGUAAAAGUCAGAAAAUUCUGUGAAACAAUAUUCAGGUUAGGCUGCGGCUCUCAGAGGGAUACCUACGAACCCUAACUUUCAAGAGUUUUCGAAGUAAUAACUAGCUUGAUCUCCAUCAAAAGUUUUCUAACACUGUACAUGUAUCCAGUAGGAAUCGAAAACAACUUGUUUACAAACUGCUUAGCAAAAAAACUCUUCUUGGUAUAGUCAAUUUUUCCCCACUUGAAAGGCAAGAUGGGUAGAUUGGAAAAGGUGAAGCGUUGCGUACGCGGCGCGGCUUUUGGCGGUUAACUCGAAAUUACGUGAAAAAUGUAGAAAAAAACGAGUCUUCUAUUAUUUUUUUUAUUUCCGAUCGUUCAACUGAACUUUUUUUCAAAAGUGUAAAAAAAUUGAAAAAUUAUUGAGAAAAAAACGAAAAAGAAGAAACAUAUCACAAAAAAACGUUGCUUGCUUUUUAAUGAAGUUUCCCGUCAGAUAACCGCGUCGCGUACGCAACGCUUCACCCUUGGCAUUCUGCCCAUCUCGCCUUUCAAGUCGCGAAAGAUUGACUAUAACGAAGGGUAUUUUUUUAUCAUUUUUAAAAUUCUCCCAAAAAAAAUGUAGAGUUUCUACGCUCUUUUCUCAAUUUAAAAGCGGAAGUAAAUGUUUUCAUCUAUAACAGGUGAAACAUUUUCCACUUCAGGGAAUUACAGCUAGAAGAUUUUUUCGCUUAAAUCUUUUCGCCUUUAUCUCAGCGUCAUUUAUCUAUACAAACAAUUAGAUUUACCCUUUUAAUAUCAAAAAGAGUUUCAGAGAGGAAGAGGAUUACUUUUUAGUUUCAGAGCAGCAAAAAUUCUCAAACAUCUAAAAAAAAAAGCAAAACCAUUCAAGAAAAUUUUCAAUGGAAUAUCCUAAUAGAACUAAAAGACUUUUAAAUUUCAUUUCAAUCGUAACCUCAAGAAAUCAAAAGUAGGUAAGAACUCUUCAAUUUGUUUUCAUUAGACAAAAACAUUCUCGUAUUUUCAAAGUAAUGCAUAUAAGAGAAAAUUGCUGACGAGAGCACUUCUCAAAUUCGAACGAUUCUUAAAUGCUCAAAGCGGCGCCCACUAGAUUUUUUUCACCUUCUUUCUCAAACUUCCUUGCUGAUUUUCGUAUCUUCAAUUCCCUAUAAUCUUUAUGCUCUGGAAUUCAGUUACAACAUGCAAAUUUCUUCAAAAUUGCCUCCUAAAGCUAUUGAAGAACUCUGUUUCUCUACCGGAGGCUUGAAUAUGUUGAAUUGUUCAUUGUUCUUCUUUCAUGCAUAUGAUCCCUUUACAGCUCCCACUUAUCUCAACGAAAAUUUCUAAAGAGUAAAAAAUCUUUGUUCAAUGUUUCGAAAAAUAACAAAAUUUUUUUGAAUUUUUUGUUGUGCAUCAAGAUCAGUCAUAGUUUUCUAGAAUUCACGACUAACGGAGGAGAAUUCUGCUCAGAAGCUUUCAGAAGAGCCGAUGAGGCCGUAAUCUCUAGAAUCGCGGCUCACGGCACAAGCGAGCAGAAAAGGGCGGGCUAAUCGCCGGUUUUCGGCUGAAACAUCCGCCCCUCGCCGAUUUCUUUUCUGCUCUUCGCUUUGUAAUUCCAGUUCGGAGAGCUCGGAGCUCGUUGAUAAUGAAUCUCCAAAGUUCUCCCAGGCUUCAGCCUCCGAGAAGUAAUAAUAGUUGGCCCCAAGCUUAGAAUAGAGUGCAUGUUAGUCGGUAAAGUUCCUAAGUGCGAUCAUCAUUUGAACCAUGAAACGUUUUGUUUUUAAUUUUUAAUAGCUUCUUACAAUGCUCUAGGAAUUCGUAUUAAUUUUCUCGUUUUCUUCAUUUCCACUUCAUAAAUUUUUAUUGAAAACAAUUUUUAAGCUAGUAUCUCAUUUUUCGGUUUUCUCCCAGUUGUCAAGCUCUCAAGUCCGACAAUUUAGUUUUUAGAUUUUUUUCUAACAUUGUAAUUUUUUUCUUUUUCAGAUUGAAGCAAAAUUAUUCCUAACUUUGACUUUUAUUUUCAUAUUAUAAAAGGCGGAAAUUUCUCAAAGAUCAGUUCUGUUUUGCCAGAUUAGCCAUUUUCUUCAUGUUUUUGGAAGUUUGUAGUCCUCAUGAUAUAUUAGAAAUAUUAGUUCAUGACGUGUCUAUACCUAGUCUUUCUAUUUUUCGUACAACUAAGGUUGCUUUUUCUUCAUUAGCUAGGGUUCAUAUUGGAGAAAAUUUAUAAUGGGUUUUUUCUCAAGCUUCACGAGUUUGUUUCUGUUAAAUUUGCGCGGAUACAUCAACUUCGGUUGAGCAUCGAAACAUACUAAAAAAAUUUUCCUGUGCUAAACAUCUAAUUUUUUUUUCUUUUUUUUCUGCUCUUACAUAAACAGUGAUUUGGCUUGUUUGACAAGGAACCAUUCGGUUUACCGUAAUCUCUUUUUCGUAUUAUAAUUUCGAAAUUAGAAGUUUUAGCCUAUAACUAAGGGCCUUCAAAAAACAAAAGUAAUUAUAGGAUAAGUUGUGAUGGAAUUUAUUUUUCGAACAACUUCUCAAAAAACCGUCUUUUUGAGUAUUCCAAUGUGUAUUAUCAAAGAAAAAAAAAUCCUUCGAUUUGAAAGAUGCUGGUGUGAGGUUUGAGUCUUAUCCAAAGAGGAGAGGACCGUGAAAGGAGCUUUGACAUGACUUGUUUCCCGCGAGAGUUUCAUUACAGUAGUCCUUCUUGAGCGGAAAACAUGAUUUUCGAUUCUUUGUAUAUCGGGACUUCAUAGAACUGUCUUCUUCAAAUCAAUUUUAAAAGGUCCAGAAUCUUUUCUUUGUUUGAUCUCCCGUGUUCUAAUGUCUGAAAACGGUUUGCUUUGCGGAUCAUGCGCGGUCACUCUGCUACGAAUCCACAAGUUUCAACGGCUUUUUUUGAACCAAGCCAAUUUUUUUUUUGAAUGGGUUGAUUAUUGAUUCCUUUAACUUUCAAUCUAACAGACCAGCGCACCUUUUUUUCGUUCGUUUCCUACAAGUUCAACACCUUGCUUCAGAUGAAUUCGACGACGGUUCUCGACCUUCUGACGGAAAUCUCGUUGGUUGAGGCGACGACGCCGGUCGUGACGGUAGUGAAGAGCUCGCUUUUCAAGAGUCGACUCGUCUACUUCAUCAACACCUACGUCCUCCUGGCUCAGAUCCUCUUCGGAUGCUCUGGCAACAUCCUCAACCUUGUCGUGCUUCUCAGCAGGACAAUGCGUAGCCGGACCAAUUUGGUAAAUAGGGUGCAUACGUUUGCUAGAUUAUUUUCUGUUUUCCUUUGUUCACUGCCGCUGAUUUUUCCAUCUACAAGCUGCAUUUGAACAUCGUUAACACCAGCGUUUCAGUUACUAGGCUCAAUCCUUGGUUUCAUUUAAUUUUUUGAGUUAUGUUCAAUUCACAUUUUUCACUGGUUAUAUUGCAUGCUUAAUUCUUAUAAAGGCUCAUUUAAACUUUUAAAAUUAGUUUCGAAACUCUCCGGGAACUUUUUUACAGGAAGAUAAUUUCUUGAUGUUUUCUCCAAAAAAAGUUUUAUUGAAUUUCUAAAAUCAGUAGGUGCCCAUACAAAAGUUAUUCCUCGAAAAAUCAUCAUGAAAGUCUUUGCAUGGCGGUAGAACAGAAGGACUUCUAUGCUAUAUGCUAAUAUAUUCCUUCUUUUCAGUUUCAUAUUCGAGGUUUUACAGAUUUUCGCCGCCAUGGCCUUUGCUGACCUCUUUUUUUUCUUCUUCUGCAUCUUCCAGCGGUUCUCUUCUUCACGGUAGCAUAUUUCACAUUGUACUUUCUUAACAAAAAAGAAAAGAUUUUUUUGCUGAAAAAAUAGUUUUCUUCAGGGGGUGCUCAUGCAUUCCCAUUGGUAUCGAAACAUUGCCUCACAAACAAUAGCCGGUCUGCUCAACUGGUUCAGUGCCAUUUCAAUUUGGUACCUUUUUCAUAUAAAGUGAGAGGUUUUCUGUUUCCUUCGAUUAAGGUGUAUGAUGUACGCUACGAUUGA